GCGCCCUGAGCCCCGGCCCGCCCCGAGCCCGGCCCGGCCGCGGGGGCGGCCCCAGACCCCCUGCCCAUGGGGGAGCCGCGGAGCGCAGCCCCUGAGCGCGGAGCCUGCGGGGGCCGAGCGGCCUGGGCUGCGAAAUGGUGUGUCGGCAGCGGGGCCCGCCGUGUAAACAAUGAACGGGCGCGCUGAUUGUCUCGCCGCGGCUGAAUGUGCGGCUGGUUUCCACCGGCCUCCCUUUUAAAAAGCGUUUCAGGAGUAUGAUUUGAAACAGUCAACAUGGACUUUUCACGUCUACAUACGUACACUCCUCCCCAAUGUCUGCCAGAGAACACUGGCUAUACAUAUGCACUCAGUUCAAGUUAUUCUUCAUCUGCUUUGGAUUUUGAGACUGAAAACAAAAUAGAUCCAGUAUUUGAUUCCCCAAGGAUGUCCCGGCGUAGUUUACGGUUAGCUGCUGCAGGAUACAGCCAAGCAGAGGAUGGACGCAGCGAUUCCCUUCGCGACAGCUCUUACACCGGAAACGUGUCCUUCAGGGAACAGUCCUCUAAGAUGGUAAAGCAACGCAAAAGCAUGAAUAAACAGCCUGGCACUGUAAGACACAUGCCGAGGAAAAAUCUGUCCAGCUCAUCUAUUUUUAGCCAGAGCAGUUUCAAUAGCCAUGCCAGUGAUACAUCAAUGGUAUCCACUGUAUUGGACGAGUCUUUGAUUCGUGAGCAGACAGAAGUUGAUCAUUUCUGGGGUCUUGACGAGGAAGGCGACCCUAAAGGUAGUGACACUACACUGCUGCAGGGCAAUGGUGACAUAGCAGGAGCAGCAGAGCCGCAGCCCCCGAUGAACGGCUACACGUGCAGUGACUGCAGCAUGCUGUCCGAGCGCAAGGAGGUCCUCACAGCCUACUCGGCGGCUCACGUGCCAUCCUCCAGGAUUUACACUCGGGACAGGAGCCAGAAGCAUGCAUCUAGAGGAACCUAUUUCUACAUGAGUAAGAUUCUACGAUUGGUCAAACAUACUGCAACAUCUUUUGCAUCACUAUUAGUGCAACUAUUUCAAAUGGUUUUGCUGAAGCUGGGUUAUGAAUACAAAGCUCACUCGGACUACUGUGGAAGCAUGAAUGUAAAGGAGUUUUACAGAGAAGAUCGACAUCUUGGUGUGAAUGAGGAAUCAAUAUGUGAUGACUGUAAGGGGAAGAAACAUCUUGAAAUGUACACCACAGACCACAUGCAAUCCUCAUGGGCCAAAAGGGUAGCAAGGACCAUUUGGCACACCUUUUCUUCUGCAGGUUACUUUAUGCUUCACGUGUUGCGAACAGUGGGAGCAACGGGAUGGCUUGUGUCUCAGAAGGUGUUGUCUCUACUUUGGCUGGCCAUUCUUUCUCCAGGGAGGGCAGCUUCUGGCAUGUACAGGUUGCUUCGAACUGGGUGGUAUCAGCUUGUUGCUCUGAUGUCUUUGCUCAAGGUGUUUCUUGUAAGAAGAUGCCUUCCAAAGAACUACAAGUCAUUACUGUUUCUUAUCCCACUCCUGUUUCUACUAGGUAUGUGGUUCUGGGGGUUUGAUGGCUUCAUUUCAUUAUUAUCUCCGUUGAACUGGACAAGAGUUGACAGAAUACAGAGAACAGAUGAUUCCAUUCGUGUUCCUGAACCACAGGAUGAUUCUUUUCAUUCUGUGCAGCCUCCAAAGGAUACCAUAAAUAUCUUUGAUUUUGAUCGGAUAAGUGAGCUGGAAAAGCAAAUGGCCAUCGUGUCUGGCAGAUGCCAUGACCGGAAUGAAGAAUAUAACAAAAUGAUGCUUCUGCUCCAUAAUCUUCAAGAUCAGGUUGCCAAGAUGAGUGACAAAAGUGAAACAUUGAAGCUAAUAAAAAAUGUGAUGAGUCAAUAUCUUAAAGAUAUGAAAUUGGAGGAAAAGACUGACUUCCUGGCUUUACAUCAAGAACAUGAGUCGCGCAUCCGGACACUGGAAGACCUUCUUAGAAAACUCUCUGCUGAAUCCAAGGACAUCCAGAAGGAGCUUGACAUAGCUAAAGCAAAAACAAUGAGAGAUGAUGAUCAACAUAGUCAACUUAUGUCCAAAAUUAAAACACUGGAACUAGAGUUGUCUCAGAUGAAAUCGGAGCUGUUAUCUGGGGAAAGUGUGAAGACGAGUUGCGAGAAAAUCGAUGCCAUUCAUGAAAAAGUAGAUGCCCAGGUCAAAGAAUCUGUCAAGCUGUUGCUUUUUGGUGAUCAUCAAGAAGACCUUCCCGAAUCACUUCUCCAGUGGCUUACAUCCAAUUUUGUGAGCAAAAGUGAUCUGCAGACUUUGCUGCGGGAUCUGGAGUUGCAGAUCCUCAAGAAUAUCACUCUCCAUAUGUCUGUUACAAACCAAAAACUGACAUCUGAAGUAGUCACAAAUGCUGUGACUAAUGCAGGGAUUUCUGGGAUCACGGAAGCGCAAGCACAGAUUAUUGUAAAUAAUGCACUGAAACUUUACUCUCAAGACAAGACUGGGAUGGUGGAUUUCGCCUUGGAAUCUGGAGGUGGCAGCAUUCUGAGUACUCGCUGUUCUGAAACCUAUGAGACCAAGACAGCAUUAAUUAGCCUCUUUGGAAUUCCUCUGUGGUACUUCUCUCAGUCUCCCAGAGUGGUAAUUCAGCCGGACAUGUAUCCAGGAAACUGCUGGGCUUUCAAAGGAUCACAGGGCUAUCUCGUAGUGAGGCUUUCAAUGAAGAUCUAUCCAACUGCCUUUACAGUGGAACACAUACCAAAAACACUUUCGCCAACAGGAAAUAUCACCAGUGCUCCUAGAAAUUUUGCAGUAUAUGGUCUGGAUGAUGAAUAUCAAGAAGAGGGCAAGCUUCUAGGAGAGUAUGUCUAUGAUCAAGAAGGAGAACCACUGCAGAUGUUUCCAGUGAUGGAGGAAAAUGAAGAUGCAUUCCAGAUAGUGGAGCUGAGGAUUUUCUCUAACUGGGGCCAUGCAGAGUACACCUGCCUUUAUCGGUUCAGAGUGCACGGGAAACCCGCCGAGUAAAGCACACUACAGCUCGUUGUACAUUUUGUUCCUAAUCUGUAUAUACCGGAGAGCCUCGAACACUGGAACCUCUAAAGGACGAGGAUGCAAGAUACACCCUGCAGAACUGUUGGUCCUCUGAUAAAAGGCAGAAGACUGUCAGCAGAAAUGUAUAAAAAAAAAAAAAAAUCGAUUUUUAUUUGCUCUAACGCUCAGCUUGUAAUUGCCAGUUCGCUUCAUGUUUCUGCGUCCAUGCUGAGGGAAAUAAUGCAUGCAAACAGCUCUGGUUCGUAAAGCCCAGUUGGCAAACAGGUGACACAUAUUUUAUUACAAAUGAAUGUAUAGGGGUUUUUUAAAAAGAAUAAACCACACUUUCUGCAACUAGGAAUCUGUUCUUUUUUAAUCCAGGUCUUAACUGCAUCCUUCUGCUAGCUUGGCACCAUGAGCCAAAAACUGUGGUAUAUUUUGAACACUGACUGUGGCUAAAGGUGUCCUUCAGUUGACCCUUGGUUUUGACCUUUUUGGUGGAUCCAAAAGGGCUUCUUUGAUACAUGUUGAAUAUAAUAAAUCCUACUGUCAGGGAAAGCUAACACAACCAAAACCAGUUUAAACACCAGCGACUGAGAAUGCUUUACUGUAAUUUGUGGCCGUGAAUUGCUCUAAAAGUCAGGGAUAACUUUCAGUAGCUGAAGUUAUUUUAAGGUAUUUUACCAUGGCAACUUGGCCAGUUUGUUCUUUUUUAGUGUUAAUUCCGAAUCGACCUUGAUGUACUGACUGACUGGAUCGGAGCUGAUAAACCUGCUAAAUUGCUCAGUAAACAUUGUUAUGCAGCAACUGAACAAUAUUAGUUUGUCAAAAGCAAUCUCUGUGGGAUGAGGAUUCCUUAGACUGGUUCGUUGUUACACUCCAUAAAUGUUGUACUGUGAGAACUCAGUGUGUGGAAAACAAGACUGAAGUAAUUCUCUCCACGUCACACUUACAAGAGGGACUUGUGCUCAGCGCUGCUGUUGCAAACACACGGGCAUUCCUGAUCCUCCCCAGAAGCCUUAGUCGGGUGUGAGAUGAUUAGAGUUGCUCCCAGAAGCAACAUUCCCAUGUAGAACGAGAUGAAAACUGCUUGUUUGCCCCCCCUUAGCAUUGCUGCUUUUGAAGAUCCUUUUCAGAGAAAGAUUCCUGAACUUUACUUGUACGCAGAAUUUUUUAUCUUGCUGUUCCUAGUGCAUUUUGUAGUUACAGAGAACUGUUACCACAUGGACCUGCUGACUGGUUUUCUGAAUAGAGUUAUGUAUGUUGCACAACAGUCCUCGAAUGUUUAAAUACAAAAGUCUCCAUGUGAAGAACUGGUUUUUUUCACUUGACCUAGAGACAGAACCUAUGGCCUACGCAGAGGAGUAGAUGACACAUGUACAGGUGUUUUCAUACUAUAGGUUACAUAUUUAAAAUUAGAAUUAUCCUGUGUAAAUUGAAAUUAGGUAGGUGAGGGGGGGGAAUAUUUUGAAUAACACUAACUUAUUUUUAAAAAAAAAGCAAGAUAGGACUUUGUGCAAUGUAUUUUUGUAAAUGCUUUUCAAAAUGUCUGUUAUUCUUUGCUGCCUCCAAACUGACAAGAUGCUAUUGAGAUGUUUAAAUAAAGAGUUUUAAUUUUUGAAAGUGCAUGUAAUACUUGAAACAAGAAAUAAAGCUUCUUUUCUGUAA